GCCCUGCCCCCGGCCGGGCGGUGGCUGUACGGCGUCCCGCCGGCCGCCGCGGCGACCGGGCAGCGCGUCGCAGUGACCCCGCGGCGCUCGUGCCGUUGUGGGGCGCGCCCCACAAGGGACGGGAGCGGGGCGACCAGGCAAAGAUGAUUGAAACCCUUGUAACUACUGACGCUCAGGAACUGUUGUACCAGCUCACAGCCUUGUUGGAACAGGAGUUGAGAUGCCAGCCAAAGGUCUCUGGCCUGAGACUAAUUGAAUGUGCUCAUGAUAAUGGCCUCCGAAUGACUGCAAGGCUGCGAGACUUUGAAGUGAAAGAUCUUCUCAGCUUAACUCAAUUCUUUGGCUUCCAUACAGAGACGUUUUCACUAGCUGUGAAUUUCUUGGAUAGAUUUUUGUCAAAAAUGAAGGUACAGCCUAAACACUUGGGCUGUGUUGGACUCAGCUGCUUUUACUUGGCUGUGAAGGCAUCAGAAGAAGAGCGAAAUGUUCCCUUAGCCACUGACUUAAUUCGAAUAAGUCAGUACAGGUUCACUGUUUCUGAUAUGAUGAGAAUGGAGAAAAUCGUAUUGGAGAAGCUGUCUUGGAAAGUCAAAGCUACAACAGCCUUCCAAUUUCUACAACUGUAUCAUUCGCUCAUUCAUGAGAAUUUAAGCUGUGAAAGGAGAAAACACCUUAAUUUUGAGAGACUUGAGACGCAGCUGAAGGCAUGUCACUGCAGAAUCAUGUUUUCUAAAGCCAAGCCUUCAGUCUUGGCACUAUCUAUUAUGGCACUAGAGAUAGAAGAACAAAAACUGCUGGAGUUGACAGAGGCAUUGGAAUUUCUGCAGUUGCAUUCCAAGAUAAACAGCAGGGAUCUGACCUUCUGGAAGGAACUGGUGUUGAAGUGCCUUACAGAAUAUUCCUCGAGCAAGUGUUCCAAACCAAACGUUCAGAAGCUAAAAUGGAUUGUGUCUGGACGUACAGCGCGGCAGCUGAAACAUAGCUACUACAGAAUAACACACCUUCCUACAAUUCCAGAGACCAGUGCAUAAUAGGACUACAGUAAAGUGGAGAGAACCAUCCUGUGACCCUCUCAACAGACAAAGGAAUAUUUGAGAAAGUCUGAAACAUGUUCUUAAUAAUGAAGAGCUUAACUUGUAGAAAGAAUUUGUAACACUUCAGACUGAAGAUCCUUCCAGCAAAUAUGUUCUUUUCAUGAUGAUUACAAUAUUCAGUGUCAGUUUUCAGUCUUUUUUGUUAGACUGCUUACUGUUCAGUGAAAUAUCAUAAUACUGAUACAAAAAAUUUUAACACUGUGUAGAGCGGUGUGUGUAGUCUAACGUUGGUUUACUGUAACUGCAGGUGCUGAAUUACAUACUUAAUUUUGAAGAUCUGGUUCACUUUCCAAAGAUGAUGUGACACUAUGAAAAGAUCAUGUGCUGUAGCAUAGUGCUGCAGUGUCUCAAACUAAAGACUAAUCCCACUUACUACUGAUGACAAUAGCAAGUGCCUGUCAGUCCACCUGACACGCUGUUUGAGCAGUGUCCCGUGUCUACAUGUUCCUGCUGGGCAGGGCGUUGGCCUUCUACCACAGGCAUCUUAAAAACUAAGCUAUGUGAUACCCACAGAACAAGUCAGCUGGAGGAGGAGCAAAGAGCAACCUUACUUUGUUGCCUUAUAAAAGGUAGUCACAGCGUCAGGAACUUCAGUAUUAUUUCAGAGUGUAAAAACUUAGUAAUAACUAAAGAAGGCUGAGGGAAGUACUGAGUCACCUGCUCCAAGUGUGACCGGUUUUCCAAAGUUUCACUGGACCAGGGGUAAAAGCUGAUGCUGAGCAGGUACAUCUUUAAAGGCAGUGUAGGAGCAGGGCUAAUGCCCCAUCAGGGCCUUUAUGUAGGAACAAUCUAGUUGAGAAAUGCUGAAGAUUGCUUCAACUGUGAUCUCUUUAAUGGUAAGCUUUGUAAAAUACAACUUCUUUUUCUGAAGACCAGAUCAGUACUUGAGGCAUAUUGUGCUUCUGGUGCUAAGGAGGAAGUGAAUAAUAAGAAUGGGGUUUUGUAUGUAAGAUGAAUAAAGAUGUUGGGGGAAUGUUGCUGAUGACCUCUUGAAUUCCGCUUCACUGUGGAGCAGAGGCUGUUCGUAACCAACUGCCAUCUGGGUGAAGGGGAGAGCAGAAUGUUCUGGACAGAGCCGGGGCCUAAAUGGCAGCCAACCCACCCUUUCCCCUUAAUAGUAAUAGCUGGGGGGGAAGCCAUUCUUUGCAUAUCUCGAACUGGUUAAACCUUUCACAGAAGAAUUCAUACCAAAGCUCUAUACUGGACAAAUCAAGCCUUCUCAUGAACUCAUGGGAGUGAUUGCACCGUGUAACGUGUAAUUGGUUUUGCAUCUGCCACUAUGACCUGUGUGUGGUGCUGGCCUGGGAAAAGCAUACACGUGAUUCGCACAUCGGCCUGGUCAGCCUGCUGGGAGACAGGGAGCAGACGCACUGUGCAAUUACAACUGUCAUGUCUCAAGAUACGUACCUUUCAAUUAAACACUGAAAUGUGCUUAA